AUGGAAAUCGAGAUUGCAGAGGGACUUUGUAAGCAAAUCAUACGAGCCGCACCUUUGGAAAAGUCUCCACAGCCGGGAGACCGCGUGCUUGUUCAUUAUACCGGGUCAUUACUAGCAGAUGGCUCUACUUUUGAUUCUAGUCGCACUCGCGGGGAACCAUUUUCCUUCAUUCUUGGCAAGGGCGAGGUCAUCAAGGGAUGGGAUUUGGGAGUUGCUACGAUGCAUCGCACUGAGCGCAGCAACCUUAUUUGCGCGCCAGAAAUGGCAUACGGAGCUACAGGAUCUCCACCAGCGAUUCCCGCAAACUCUACCCUUAUUUUUGAUAAUUUAAUCUCUUCAAGCGUCAAGGGACUUCUCCGCCUCUCCAUUGCCCUUGAUGGCAUGCAUGAAUAUUCUGCAGCAUUAUUGGAAGCUGAGAAGGCCAAGAAGCUAAAUUCACAAGUUGAUCCUGCAAUUGAUGCUCACAUUGCUGUCAUCAAGACCCACAUAGCUGAACAAGAAAGGAAAGAGAGAGCGGCCUAUUCCCGCCUUUUUUAA